CAACUUGAAGUUGUAAAUUUCCGAAAACAAGUCGAGAACUCUCCUAUUAAUAACCUGUAGCGUAAACCCUAAACCCAAGCCUCCUCUUCUCCUUAAACCCUAAAUUAUCUACCUCUGCGAAAAUGGCUGUCACUAACAUCAUCAGAAGGACUGUACCCUUGGCUGCUCGGGUGAUCUGUAGAACACAGAGCUACCAUCAUCGAUCCUCUGCUCUCUUAUCCACCGUAGUUAACCGUAGUGCUGCUUCUAGAAACUUCUUUCGGAGCUCAGCACCGUCCACCCUUCAUUUCUAUUCUACCAAGAGGCCCAGUUCUGAUGAAUCACUCCUCAAAGUCCUUCAGUCCGAAAUCCAAUGUGUUGAGGAAUCCGACGUACAAGACGAGGUUGACGAGGCUCCUGAGGGUUUCCCCUUCGAGAUUGAAGAUCAUCCUGGACAACAAACUAUAACAUUGACAAGAGAGUAUCAAGGUGAAUCUAUUAAUGUCGAAGUUCACAUGCCCGACCUUGUUACUGGUGAUGAAGAUGAGAAUGACAACGAUCGUGACCACCCUGAUAACGAAGGGGCCAAUCAGUCCCAAAUUCCUCUAGUUGUUAGGGUGUCUAAGAAGAAUGGGCCAUCUUUGGAGUUUGGUAUCACAUCUUUUGCUGAUGAGAUUGCUAUUGACACUUUGUCAAUCAAAGAUCCUAAUGUUGCUGAGGAUCAGAUUGCUUAUGAAGGACCUGAUUUCACGGAUUUGGAUGAGAACCUCCAAAAGGCUUUCCACAAGUAUCUGGAGAUUAGGGGUAUCAAGCCCAGCACAACCAACUUCUUGCAUGAGUACAUGAUCAACAAGGACGGCAGAGAAUACAAGAUGUGGCUUAAGAAUCUGAAGAAAUUCAUUGAGGCGUAGGUUCGCAUAAGUUUUGAUUGAUGUUUAUGUUUUAGUAGGGGUAAUUUAAUUUGGCUACAUCGUAAUGUCUGCCAAUGAUUAUGAAGUCUUUUAGUUAUUUUUGCUAUAUCAUUGAUAAAGUUAAUGUACUAUGAGAUCCUAGUCUUUGGCAAGAUAAAACAGAAAUGUUGGUGAAUUUUAUACAGAGUUAGCCAGCGCUCUAUUCAAUAUGCUUUUAUCAGCUA